AGUAAAAUUUUGUAAAUUUAUCUAAUUUAGUUUGUUUAUUUACAAAAGUUCAUAUGUUUAAUUGUGAAAACUAAAGAAUUAAAUAAAAUAUACUAGGAUAUGUAAAAUAUAAUAAAUUUAAGCCAUGUGUCCAAAGAACGGGUGUGGUUAAAAAGAAAAUAUUUAAGAAAUAUAGAACAAAACAUGAAACAAAAAAUUAGAUUAAUAUUCAAAACAUAUAAAGCGAAUGGAGCAUACUAAAUCUUUUUCCUACAAAAACAUAAUUUGGUUCAGUAAGUUGGUGUGUUCAAAAUAUAUUUAUUUAGGGUGAAGUAAGAAAAAGUGAUAGGAAGUUGAGGAGUUUUGUGUAAAGAAUGUAACACAAUCGUUGGUAACGAAAUGUCCCGGCUAGCUGAUUACUUUGUUGUUGUUGGCUAUGAUAAUGACAAAGAAAGAACGAAUGAUGAAAGUACACAAAUUUCAUGCGGCAAAAUUGUUCAAAGAUUUCCUGAAAAUGACUGGGCAGAUACUUCAUUCAUUGAGGGCAUUGAAUGGUUUUGUCAACCACUCGGUUGGAAUUUGUCUUACGAAAAACAAGAACCGAAAUUUUUCACUUCUGUUCUUACUGAUAUUGAUGCUAAUAAGCACUACUGUGCCUGUCUCAGUUUUCACGAAACAUUGGCUAUUACAUUAAAUAAAAUUGUAGACGAAGAAGAUGAAACUGUAUUACCUUCAAAAUUCCAAACCGGCUGUGCUUCAUCAUCUACGAUUACAAAUAAUAUAAGUAUAUCGCAUCACAGCGUCAUGUACGCACCAAAGUGUUUGGUUCUUAUAUCGCGGUUAGACUGUGCAGAAACAUUUAAGAACUGCCUAGGUACCAUAUAUACGGUUUAUGUUGAAAACUUACCCUACGCUUUAGAAACACUAAUUGGCAAUAUAUUGGGAUGCAUUCAAGUUCCUUCACCAGGCGGUCCCCAAGUCAGGUUUUCCAUUGGUGCUGGUGAUAAACAAUCAUUGCAAAUUCCACAGUCUCCUUCAUUACCUGUUACGGGUACAGCAGUAUAUUUUGUUUUUAAGCAAUUAGGUAUUAAAAAUGUUCUUAUUUUGCUAUGUGCUGUUAUGACGGAGAACAAAGUACUAUUCCAUUCUAAAAGUUAUUCACAUUUAACUGAAAGUUGCAAAGCAUUAGUUGCUCUAAUGUACCCAUUUAGAUAUACCCAUGUGUACAUUCCAAUACUUCCUGCGCCUCUAACAGAAGUGCUUUCAACGCCAACACCUUUUAUAAUGGGUAUACACAGUUCACUGCAAAGUGAAAUAAGCGAUUUACUGGACGUGAUUGUUGUUGAUUUAGAUGGAGGUUUGGUUACUAUUCCUGAAUCCUUAUCACCACCGGUUCCCAUAUUGCCAUCACCGCUAUGGGAAAAUACUCAAGAGUUAUUAACGAUGAUUUUAUUUCCUAAUUUAUCGCAAGCUGACUUGGCAUUUCCUUCAUUAGAAAAGCCAACAAACUAUCCGAAAUCAGAAGCACUUAUUGAUAAAGAAUUGAGAGCUAUUUUCAUGCGCUUAUUUUCACAAUUAUUGCAAGGUUAUCGGUCAUGUUUGACGCUUAUACGAAUACAUCCCAAGCCUGUUAUAACUUUUCAUAAAGCUGGCUUCCUUGGAGCGCGUGACUUAAUAGAGAGCGAAUUUCUUUAUCGUGUGCUUGAUAGUAUGUUCUUUACUACUUUUGUUAAUGAGCGUGGACCACCUUGGCGACCCUCAGAUGCAUGGGAUGAGCUAUAUAGUUCAAUGAAUGAAGUUUUAAAGUCUGAAGCCAAUAAUAAAAAUCUAAUUGCGCAACAUAUACAGGAUUUAGGUAAAAUUUUAUUUGAAAACGAAUGCCCCAAUCCGGUAACUUAUGCACAAAAAGUAUUACGUCCACCUGAUGGUUCCUUUCAUCGCAUUCAUCAACCAGCAUUUCCGCGGAUAAAUUCAGAAAAAGUUAAUGUUAUAAUUAAUGAAGGAAUCAAAAAAAAUUGCAUUUCUCAACGUUUUAUUGCUGUAAGAAACCAAAAUCGUAUCAUUCCAAUGGGGCCACGAUUGCCUGAAGUGCUUGAUGUUAGGCCAAACUUAUUAAAUUCAGCUAGACGACUAGAGGUUUUAAAAACUUGUGUGUCAUACAUAUUUGAAAAUAAAAUUGCAGAUGCUCGCAAAUUGGUACCGGCUGUAAUGCGAACGUUAAAACACCGCGAUGCCAGGUUAAUACUUUGUCGGGAAUUGUUUGGUUAUGUAAAUGGAAAUAAAGCCGUUCUAGAUCAUCAGCAAUUUGAUUUGAUUAUAAAAUUUAUGAACAAAACUUUACAAAAUUCAACGGGAAUUGAUGAGUACACAGUAGCUGCUGCUUUACUUCCUAUGUCAACCAUAUUCUGUAGAAAACUAUCUACAGUUUAUCAAUUCGCUUACACAUGCAUUCAAGAUCAUCCGAUUUGGAAAAAUCUGCAGUUCUGGGAAUCAACAUUUUAUCAAGACGUUCAAACACAAAUAAAAUCUUUAUAUAUGCUACAUACCCGUAAAAGCGAACACAAUAAAGAGUCUAAUUGUGUGUUGGAUGAUGUGCCAUUAGAAGAACCAACAGCUUUGGAAAUAACAGCGGAACAAAUGCGAAAAAGCCCUUCUAUUGAAGAAGAAAAUAAAAAGGAAUUUGCGCAAUCUGAGGAAUCUACAUUAUACAGCCAGGCGAUUCAUUAUGCAAAUCGAAUGGUUUCACUACUAAUACCACCGGAUGUUAAUGCAGUUGGUCAGAAACCGAAAACAUCAUUUCGUCUUGAUGAUAACCAUAGUGUUUCGAAUAGCAUAAUGGGUUCUCAUAGUUUAAGUGAACAUUCUGAUGAAGGUUUCGAAGAAAAUGAUGCAUUGGAAGUUGGGGGAACAGUUGGCAAGAUUAUUUCACGAUUUAUAGAUCGCGUCUGCACAGAGGGUGGCGUUACAUCUGAACAUAUAAGAAAUUUACAUGAUAUGGUGCCUGGAGUUGUACAUAUGCAUAUAGAAUCAUUAGAAUCAGUUUAUUUAGAAUCUAAACGGCAUCCUCACGUACAAAAACCAAAGAUACAAGCACCUUGUUUACUACCAGGAGAAGAAAUUGUUACAGAACAUUUGCGUUGUUACCUAAUGCCCGAUGGUAGAGAAGAUGAUGUGCAGUGUUUAAUACCAGCUGAGGGUGCAAUAUUUUUAACUAAUUAUAGAGUUGUCUUUAAAGGUAGUCCCUGUGAUCCGCUGGCUUGUGAACAAACAAUUAUACGAGCUUUUCCAAUAUCUUCACUACUUAAAGAAAAAAAAAUAUCCGUUCUUUACCUUUCACAUUUGGAUCAAACGCUUCCAGAAGGUUUACAAUUACGUUCCAGUACCUUUCAGCUUCUGAAAAUAGCUUUUGAUACAGAAGUUACACCAGAAAUGAUUGAUGGUUUUCGUAAAACAUUGUGUAAGGCCCGUCACCCUGUUGAUGAGUUUGAACAUUUUGCUUUUCAAUCGUAUGGUACAAUCAUUCAUGGGACGGCACCACUAAAAACUAAAGAAAAAUACUCAACUUUAAAAGGGUUCGCAAAAAAAACAUUAUUGCGCACAGCAAAAAAGGCUGGAUUUAAACAAAAGGGUCAAGCUAAACGCAAGCUCCUUACUUCAAGCUUGGAUUUUGAUACAAUGGGAACAACAGAAACUGUUGAAACACAUUCACUUGAUGAUGAACUAGAAGAAGAUGAGUUUGAAACAAACACUGACUCGUUGCCGCGUUUGUUAACAACAAAAGAUAUAGAACGUAUGAAGGAACGUAAUUAUGUGAAAGACUGGAAACGUUUAGGUUUUGAUGAAUCUCAAAACGGUUUUCGUAUAACUACACUCAAUUCAAAUUAUAGUCUAUGCCGUUCGUAUCCAGCUGUAUUUGUUUCACCGACACAAAUUACUGAUACUGCUUUAAUUCAACUGGGACGUUCUUAUAAAAGCCAAAGAAUACCGACACCAACAUGGAGGCACCGUAAUGGUGCAUUGUUAAUACGAGGAUCAUUGCCACAUAGUAAAUCUGUUAUAGGUAUGUUAAAAAAUUCAACUGGUUCAAAUACUAUGUCUCAUGAUGUUACAAAUUAUCAUGAGCAAGAUAAAUAUUUUAUUGCAUUAAUUGAUACAAUGCCGAAGACUAUCCCACUAACUUUAGCUCAGUAUAAUAUGUCAGGCAUUAAUUUAUCCAUGAGUUCACUUCUUCUGAAUUCAUCCGAAGAGCAUCACUAUUUAAGUCGAAAUGAUACAUCAGUAACACCAGAAGUAAGCAGAAAAUUUAAGUCUACUCUUGGAACCAAUGAUACAAAAGUAAGCAAUUGGGGAGAUUCUUUAAAGCGAAAAGGUGGAACAGUAAAAAAUUGUGCUGCAACUACAUAUCGUAAAAUGCGUUUAUAUGUUUUAGGUGAAAAAUCACAAACAAAGUCUGUAGUUAACGCUGAUCUAUGCGCAGAGUUUAUACCUGUUGAUUAUCCAGAUAUAAGACAUUCACGAAUGGCUUUUAAAAAACUAAUGAGAGCAUGUUUGCCUUCGAGUAUAAUAAACGAAUCUGAUCAAACAUUCGCGAAGAACGUUGAACAAUCUGACUGGUUGCAACAAAUUUCAUCACUUUUACAAUUGUCCGGUGCCGUAGUGGAUUUGAUUGAUUUGCAAGAAUCUAGUGUUAUGUUGUCUUUAGAGGAUGGUUGGGAUAUAACAGCGCAAGUAUCGUCAGUGGCACAACUUUGUUUGGAUCCCUUCUAUAGAACGAUAGAAGGAUUUCGUGUUCUAAUUGAAAAGGAAUGGAUAGCGUUUGGUCACCGUUUUGCGCACAGAAGCAAUUUAAAACCUGCACAUGCAAGCUCAAAUAUAGCGUUUGCACCAACUUUCUUGCAAUUCCUUGAUGUUGUGUUUCAGAUUCAAAAACAGUUUCCGAUGGCAUUUGAAUUUAAUGAAUUUUAUAUACGUUUUCUUGCAUAUCAUACGGUAUCAUGUCGUUUUCGUACAUUUUUAUUCGAUUGCGAAGUGGAACGUUUUGAUUUAGGUAUAGCGUCAGUGGAGGAUAAACGGAGUUCUAUGAGUACUAAACACUUGUUGGGUAAUAGCAAAUGUACUAACGGUUCUGAUGACGAAAAUGGAGGCUACAUAAAUGAAAUACGAAAUAAAUCAACUGUUAAUUUUAAUCGAAUUGGUCAAUCAAUUUUUGACUACAUAGAACGUCAACACGGAAAAUCGCAAAUUUUCUUUAAUUUUAUGUAUUGCACGCAGGAUAGUGUACUACGGCCACAGAACUGUUUGGCUGCGCUUGAUCUUUGGCCUUAUUAUACAAAUGAGGAACUAGCACAAGGUCCGCCAUAUGAUCUUGAGUUGACUAAUGCAGAUGAUGAGAUUGAUUUGUCUGAAUUGAAAGACAAACGCAUUGUCAUAAGUGCUGGCUAUGACAAUAUAGAGAAAAGCGAUCCAAAUACCUUUGUGUUUUUGUUAAGCGAACUAAAACAAGCUGAAACGGAGCGUGGACACUUAUAUCAAAAAUGGCAACAAGUGUGGAAUAAUCUUGAAUUACCACAAACAGAGAAACUUACUCGUAAAUCGUCACUUAGUAGUAUUUUACUUCAAUCUCAUGGCAAACUUCAACAUAAACGAUCAACUUUAGAGAUUAUAAUGAAAGGACGACUAUCAGGAUAUCAAGAUAAAUAUUUCCAUCCGCAUCGAUUCGAAAAACAUCCAUAUACAACUCCAACGAAUUGUAAUCACUGCACAAAAUUAUUAUGGGGACCAGUUGGGUAUCGCUGUAUGGAUUGUGGUAAUUCUUAUCAUGAGAAGUGCACUGAACUGUCAGUAAAAAAUUGCACUAAAUAUAAAGCAGUAGAUGGUGUAGUUGUACCACCUAAUGUAAAUAUAUCACAGGGUGAUACAUCUAGCAUUGCUUCAAGUGCAGCGACAACUGCGCGAACAUCUAGCCAUCAUUUUUAUAAUCAGUUUAGUAGCAACGUUGCAGAGAAUCGAACACAUGAAGGACACUUGUAUAAGCGUGGUGCUUUACUGAAAGGAUGGAAGCAGCGGUGGUUUGUAUUAGACUCAAUCAAACAUCAAUUACGAUAUUAUGAUUCUAUUGAAGACUCGACAUGUAAGGGAUUUAUAGAUUUAGCUGAAGUUCAAUCAGUGUCGGCCGCACAGCCAGCUCAAAUUGGAACAAAACGAAUUGAUGAGAAAGGUUUUUUCGAUUUAAAAACAUGCAAACGAAAUUACAAUUUUUAUGCAGUGAAUGCCAAUUUGGCUCAGGAGUGGAUCGAAAAAAUUCAAGCUUGUCUCCAGUGAGCAACAAAUUUUAUUUAUAUUUUUAAUUUGUAUGUAUGUUGUUAUAACAAAUAUAUUAAGACUAACUUCUUAU